UGCAGAUUCAUGAAGAGAUGGAAAUAACAGAUAUAAUACAGAGGUGAGAUCUGGAGAGAUGCAACCAGCAGCCACAUUUUGGAAGCUGAAGGCAGAUGGAUGAGGGGUUACUGGCUUGACAAACUUAAGAAAAGAACCAGAUGACCUUACUAUGCCUAAGAAUUCUCAGAAGACUCCAAUCCAGAAAGUAAUUUUCUCCCCAUGAAGUAAAGUUUUUGUUGAUAUCUAAUAUACACACGGAAAUCUGCUUUAAUUAUAUCACUCAAUGAAUUUCUAAAAGGAAUUAGAGAAUACAAUUCCAACACUAUGUUCUUCAGUAGAGACAUGGACCCAACUAAACACCAUAUGACAACAGAGUCGGCUAAAUAUUCACUGCCAGAACUCUAUGCAUCUGUUGAGAAUUUUAAUAGAGAGAGAAAGAAAUCAAAUCUCCUGAAAACUCAGGGUAUUUCACUUGAUGAAGCACAGAAAAUGCUUAUCCAAAACCUGGUUGCUAUGUCAUUCAUCAGCAGAACUGAUGUGAGAGAUCUCCAGCCAGUUUUCAAGGCCAAGGUGGAGAGAAAAGUGAAGCCAGCAUCAAUGACUGACCUUCUCCACCGCAGCCUGCUGACCAGAUCCCUCUCCCCUCUGGAGAAACUCUCCAAGUCUCGGCAAAGACUGGCUCAGUAUGGGAUCUCUCCUCCAGUGCACACUUUUCCUUAUGACAUCAUCCUCCAUCAUGCCAGCUCGUUGGCGCUCACUGAGAUACGGAAGAAGGUUCAGAGGACCUUAACAGUAGGCCGGCUGGGGCUUCACAAAAUUACCUCGGAACAGUUAAUCGUGGAUGACAGAGUUCCUAAAUACUUACUAGUUGACCCAGAAAAACAAUUCUUGGAUUUAAGAGAUCUGGAAUGGAGAUAUUAUAAGGGGAUUGUAAAGUGGAAGCGCAACACUUUAGAUUCAACCAUAGAGAUAAAAUACAACAGCGAGAAGAGAUUUGUGCAGAGCCAGCAGAUGCCUGAUACUUCUUCACCCCCUCUUGUCCAUAGGUCUUUGAUCAUUUAUCCUCAGGUUGAUUUCCUAAAUGUACCAUCAUCCUCUUAAAUGGAAUGUGU